AAUAAUAUAUUUAUUUCUGUGAUGAAAUUUCGGCACCAUUACUCCAGACUUCAGUGUCACAUGAUUAGUCAGAAACCUAAUAUUCUGAUUUUCCUGUAAUCAUCAGUGUUGAAAACUGUUGUGCUGCAUAUUUUUGUGAAAGAAGAAGAAAAAGAAGAAGAAGAGGAAAAAAAAACACUUUUUGACCCCAGACUUUUAAAUGGUUGUUACUUUAACAUUUAAUUUAUAAUCUGCCAGUCAAUUAAUACUUAGUUUUAGGUUAUGUCUUUUAUUUUCAUAAUGCCCUGCCAAGAACACGUGGAUGUUUUGAUGGCAAUGGCAUUAAGUUAGGUAACAUACUUCUUAAAGAGGUCUGAGGAGAGAGAAAAUGAAUUUAAACCAAUAGAAAGCCUUUCAAUUCACCACAGUCUGAGUUAUAAACCGUUUUUUGAAAAUACAGAUAAAUGUAAAAAAAAAUCUGGCUGAUGACUCGUCACCAUAGCGUACAUCCCAGCAGCUCCAUCUCCGUUCGCGCCUCCUGUCAAUGAAUGUGUCCGGGCGCGCGCACUUCCGCUGCCCCCACCCGCGCGCCUGGACCAUCUGAUCUUUGUCCUACGUAAGACCGUCGCUCCGCCUCGCUCUCCUAUCGGACCGUUUCCCCAACCGCAUCCAUUUUUGUGCAUUCAAGAAAUCUCUUGGAGUUAGCAGCAGCAGCGGCAGCAACCGGGAGGGAAUCGCGGGGAAGGCGGCGGAAGCCAGGACGCCGACGACCGCAAUAAGAGCUCUCCGUUAGCGGCAGCAGCCAUGGGUUAGACUGCAUUCACCAUGAUUGCGAAAUAAAAGCAUCCACACCUGAAAAUGUCAGCUCGGGGGGCCCCGGCCGCGUCCCCUGCGGCUCCCGCUCCGCCGGACAUGCCGGACCUGAGCCACCUCACCGAGGAGGAGAGGAAGAUCAUCCUCUCGGUCAUGGAGCGCCAGAAGAAAGAGGAGGAGAAAGAGCAGUCCAUGCUGAAGGAUCCACCUAAAGAAGACACAAAGCCUCAGCCAGCUCAGUGGAACCCUUUCAGUGGAAUCACUGAGCUGGUUAGUAAUGUUCUCCAGCCCCAGUCAAAGUCCCCCAGUGAGGAGCAGCCGAAUCCAAAACUGCACCAGCAGUUUGAGAUGUACAAGGACCAGGUGAAGAAGAUCGGAGAGGAGGCUCAGAAGAAUCCGGAGCAGAAGGGAGACUCGCCCACCUGUGGGAUCUGCCACAAAACCAAGUUUGCCGAUGGCUGCGGCCACGUCUGUUCUUAUUGCCAAACCAAGUUCUGCGCACGCUGUGGAGGACGCGUCUCCCUCCGCUCCAACAAAGUAAUGUGGGUAUGCAACCUGUGCCGAAAACAACAAGAAAUCCUCACCAAGUCGGGAGCGUGGUUCUACAGCGGUCCUGAGGGCUCCAGAUCAGGGCCCCAAGCCAAAGUAAGGGGAGGCCCAGCCGGAACAAACCAGGACCCUCUCAGAAACGGUUCAGGGAUCCCAGACAGAAACAGAAGCCCAUCAGCAUCCAGGGAUCCCAGCGCGGCGUAUAACCAAAGGGAGGGGGAAGGAGGAUUGCAGUAUGCCCCGGCUGAAGGUGGCAUGCCCCGCUCUCCGUCCGACUACGGACGUGACCCUGGCCGUUCGCCGAGGAGUUCAAGAAUGUACAAUGAGGUGGGCGGUUAUCAAGACAGUCGAGGACGCUGGCACUCGCAAGGCCAGCGUUUGGACGGCCAGCUAGACGACUAUGAACUCCAGAGGCGCCGUGAGGAGGAAUACCAGGCCCGAUACCGCAGCGACCCCAACCUGGCACGCUACCCGGUCAAACCCCAGCCCUACGAGGAGCAGAUGCGCAUCCAUGCCCAGGUGUCACGGGCUCGGCACGAACGGCGCCACAGCGACGUCUCGCUUGCCUAUACAGAACUUGACGAGCCUCUGCAUGGCCCAGGUGGGAGGCAGUCGCGCCUCCCUCUAUUGGGAGGCCCAAGUCAACGCUCGUAUUCUAUGGACAGGAGCUCACCGGGACAUCGGAUGUCGAAUCAUAGCCCACCAACACCACACCGUAGCCCCGUGUUGGGCGACAGCCGGCGAGGACUGGCGGAGCCAACGAGGAAACCUAUACCCCAACAGCACCACUUGGACCCUAGCUCAGCCAUGCGCAGAAACAAACGGGACAAAAUGGAUAGUAUGCUACGAAAUGACUCUCUAAGCUCAGACCAAUCCGAGUCGGUUCGACCUCCUCCACCUCGACCGCACCGCAGCAAACGCCUUGGCAAGCUCCGAACCAUGGGCAGCUUCAGUAGCUCAGAGGAGGAGCUGGCCACUACGCCAGAGUACACCAGCUGUGAGGAUGUGGAGCUGGAGAGUGAGUCCAUCAGUGAAAAAGGCAACAUUCAAAGGGGAAAAAGAAAAACAAAUGAGCAGGCGUAUUUUUUGGACGCCAGUUAUGCCCCGUCUGAGAGGCAAAAGACAGUGGUGCGAUUUUGGGAGCGCUCCCACGACGAAGACGCAGAGUGGUGCGAGCCGCAGGUCAAAGAUUCAGGGGUUGACACGUGCAGUAGCACCACGCUAAACGAGGAGCAUAGCCAUAGCGACAAGCACCCGGUGACAUGGCAGCCAUCCAAAGAUGGAGAGCGCCUAAUAGGGCGGAUAGUGCUAAACAAGCGGAUGAAAGAUGGCACGGUGCCCAGAGACACGGGGGCACUGCUGGGCCUCAAGGUGGUGGGAGGGAAGAUGACAGAGUCUGGCAGACUUUGUGCUUUCAUUACAAAGGUGAAGAGAGGAAGUCUAGCAGACACUGUCGGCCAUCUUCGACCAGGUGAUCAGGUCCUGGAGUGGAACGGGAGGGUCUUACAGGGAGCCACAUUCAAGGAAGUUUACAAUAUCAUUCUAGAAUCCAAGCCAGAGCCGCAGGUGGAGUUGGUGGUCUCACGGCCUAUUGGAGAUGUCCCUAGAAUACCAGAGAGCACACAUGGACAACUUGAAUCAAGUUCAAGUUCCUUUGAAUCCCAAAAAAUGGGUCCCUCCAUUUCUGUCACGUCCCCCAUGAGUCCCGGCAUGCUCCGGGAAAACCCUCAGUAUCUAUCCGGACAGCUCUCAAGUCCAUGCCUUAGUAGAAGAACCACGCCUUUUGUCCCUAGGGUCCAGGUCAAGCUGUGGUAUGAUAAAGUAGGACAUCAGCUCAUUGUCACCAUCCUGGGCGCCAAAGACCUGCCUUCACGAGAAGACGGGCGACCUAGGAAUCCAUAUGUCAAAAUCUACUUCCUCCCCGACAGAAGCGAUAAAAGCAAGAGGAGAACGAAAACAGUGAAGAAAUCUCUAGAGCCCAAGUGGAACCAGACGUUCAUGUACUCGCCGGUGCACAGACGAGAGUUCAGGGAGCGCAUGCUGGAGAUCACGCUAUGGGACCAGGCCAGAGUCCGAGAGGAGGAGAGCGAGUUCCUGGGAGAGAUUCUGAUCGAGCUGGAGACGGCGCUGUUGGACGAUCAGCCUCACUGGUAUAAGCUCCAAACACACGACCUGUCCUCCAUGCCGCUGCCGAACCCCUCGCCCUACAUGCAGAGACGCCUCCUACACGGAGAGAGCCCGACACGCAGGUUGCAGAACAAGGGCCCGUAUUUUUACAACUCAGGGUCACAGAGAAUCAGUGACAGUGAGUUCUCUGAUUACGACUGUGAAGACGGGAUUGGUGUUAUCUCAGAUUACCGGCACAAUGGCAGGGAUUUCCAGAGCUCCACUCUGUCCGUCCCUGAGCAGGUGAUGUCGUCCAAUCACUGUUCCCGAUCAGACAUGAUCCGCACACGCUCACGCUCGCCCAGCGUCCCUCCACCGCAAAGUCGAAGUUUAGACCACGGUGUGAGAGGAGGACCCUCGCUUUACGGCCCCCGACAUCGCUUGUCUGAAGACAGAUACUCACCAGACAGCCAGUAUCUUACCCUCCCUCCUCGAACCAGACACAGACAGCCAACCGUCGACCCCGCUGUCCAGGACCCCAGUAUGUACCCCCUCUAUCGGGAAGAUGCUGUCAGGUUACUGCGCUCCACUAGGACGGCCCGUGCGUACUCAGAUGGGGCAUACAAUAGCUUGGACAGGAGGAUGAGAAGAGAUAGACAAAUGUCUGCCUACAGUGACUCAUAUGAAUCUCCUGAGAGAUAUUACAAUGGGCCCAAUCAUUUAUCUACUCCAUGGCCCAAUCAUGUCAUGAAUGGAACCAGUGGAGACUACAGGACGUGCCCCAGGAUAGAAAUUGAGCCUUCUACAGAUACAGAAAGAGAGGACAAUAUCCCAGAGUUCCCGGCUAACCAUGAGCACUAUGAGGAAGAUCUGAGGGCAAAUAUCCGUACCGGAUCGGUCCAAACAAGUCCCACCAGCACGCCAGUUUCGAGUCGAAGAGGUCGGCAGCUACCGCAAGUCCCACCGAAGGGCUCUAUGGACAGAACGCAUGCUCCUCCGCCUCCAGCCAGUGUCCCUCCUCCUCCAGCUCCUCCCCCUGCUCCCUCCCCAGCUCCUCCUGCUGCUGCUGCUGCUGCUCCAUCAUCAUCUUCACCGCUCGUCCAGCAGGCUUCUGUGCCAGAAUCCGAGGAAAAGCCUGUAGCUCCCCCACCUGUCAAUGGGAGGAAAGAGGUGACAUGGGAGGACCAGCAGAAGAAAGCUCCUGCUGUAGUGUCAGAGUCAACAGUGUCAGAGAAUGGAGAUGCAGGCACUUUGAAGGAUCCAUCAAGGCGUGGGAUGGACAAUCUCUCCAUGAGGUCUUCGGACAGUGAUGUAAGCGACGUGUCCGCUAUGUCGAGCGCGUCUCGGCUUAGCAGCACGAGCUACAUGUCUGUACAGUCAGAAAGGGUGCGAGCGAGCCGCAGGAUCAGUGAGUUUACAUCUAAAAUGAAACACAGGGCUCAGACGGCCACCCCAGGCUCCAACAUCACCAAGAGCUCCAGUGUGGGUGGAGACAUGUGCUCGCUGGGCAGGAACGAUGAGGACGAGGACGACAAAAAGAGGCGCUCCAGCUUCGGAGCCAAGAUGGCUGCCAUGGUGGGACUGGGGAAGAAGAGUCAAAGUACCUCCCAGCUGGACCCGGAGGAGGAGGGUAAGAAGAAGAAGCCAGUGCGUCUGGCCAUCCAGCGAAGCGUGGAGACUGGUUUAGCCAUCGAAAUGAAGAGCAGGAUGACACGGCAGCCCAGCCGAGAGACCACAGAUGACGGUGAAAAGGCGAAGCCUGGAAAUCUUAUCUUUCCUGGAGUGAAGAUCUCUUCAGACAGCCAGUUCACUGAAUUUUUGGAUGGUCUUGGCCCCGCCCAGCUGGCAGGGAGACAGACAUUGGCCACGCCUCCAAUGGGUGACAUCCAGAUUGGUAUGGUGCACAGGAAGGAGAGGCUGGAUGUUGAAGUUAUUCGGGCUCGAGGUCUGGUGGGCAAACCAGGGAACAAACAGACGCCAGCACCAUAUGUAAAAGUGUACCUGCUGGACAACGGGAAGUGCAUCAACAAAAAGAAAACACGGACGGCGAGAAAAACGUUGGAUCCUCUUUAUCAACAACAGCUUCAGUUUGAGGAGAAUCCUGAGGGGAAGGUUUUACAGAUCAUUGUUUGGGGGGACUAUGGACGCAUGGACCACAAAUCCUUCAUGGGAGCCACCCAGAUCCUCUUAGACGAUUUGGAGCUGACCAACAUGGUGAUUGGCUGGUACAAGCUCUUCCCUCCCACCUCAUUAGUGGACCCAACUUUGGCACCAUUAAGUAGUAAACCUCCAGAUUCAGGCCUGGACAGUUCCAACGUUCGGUCGUAGCGGCACGAGGAGGUGAGCGGUAGAGAGCGGCGUGAGUAGCUCCAGCUACAGACAGAGAGGAGACGGUCUCGACGGGUCACGUCAUGGUUACACUGCAUGCUUGAUGUUGUGUCCUCUGAGCCCGUGCGACAAGAGGCUAAGAAAAGGCCUGCGUCCUUCUGCCAAAAAAAAUAAACGAAAAGAAAAUGUAUGCUGCUGUCACACGCAGGGAAAGAACGCCACAGGAGGUCUCUCCGUUCAGCUGAAGAGAUGCAGCCAGGGAUUCGGCGGAGUCUGACUCUUAACCGUAGGACGUUAGGAGCGCUGAUUUCCACCGGAAAAGGAAGACGUUGUUUUCCUCUGGCUGUUUCCUCUCUGUUGUAUUCAAAGAGAUGUCAGUGUUUCUUACCUAGAACUUGAAGCAUUGUAGCCAUUACUGUAAGCCAAGCUGUCAAAAGAAGAUCCAUAAAGAGAGAAGCACUUGGCUGAGAUGGGACAGGAAAGGGAAAGGGUCCGAGAGAUCAGACGUUCUCAUGGGAAUGACCCUACAUCAAGCCAGAUCUCCACUGGAUCGCUCUUCAAAGUUCAGUGACGAGAGAAAGGAUACGGCCAGAGUUCCUUCCUGUUUGAUUCAGGAAACAACAGAAUUCUAAAAAAAAAAGAAGAAGAAAUUAAAUAAAUAAAUAAUGGACAUUUUUGUGCUCCGGUAUGAUGUUCUCUUUGUUGACGUACUGUAUGAAAUUUCUGAGAUUUUUUUUUUCUUUUCCGUUUUUUUUUUUUUUUUUUUUUUUUUUUUUUUGCAAGAAUGCAAAGUUGUUUAAAAAAAAUCGUAAGUUUAUUUUCCUCGAGACUUGCAAAAAGAAAAAAAAAAAGAGAGGAAGAAACUUAUUUAAGGAUGACCAGUUCAGCCAUUUUCAACAAUUUGUAUUAUUUUUAAUAUGAAAUUCUCUAGUGCAUGAUUUUCAAAGAGACUGAAUGCAAAAUGAUAACGACGUGAUUGUCAUCCUUUAGAAUAUUCUUCUGUAUUUUUACAGAUCUCGGUUACAGGUGUGGCCUGGUGAGACUUUGUAUCUCAUGAUAUUAACGGGAAAAAAAAGCAAGGGAUAGUCGAGGAAAACAAUAAAUGUACAAUAUUGAUUUCGCUAUAAAAACGAACAUGAAAAUUGUACAUUUCUCCCUUCAAAUGCAGCCAUAAUUCUGUGUUCAUGUGGAGACGGAGCUGUAGAUUAUCGUAUGGGUCUGUCUUGACUCCACUGUUCUGUUACAAUAGAAUGGCUCAUUCAUUCAAAGCAAGCAUGUUGAAAAGGGUCUGCAACAUGGAUUGAGCACACCGUCUGAGUAAUACAGCAUGUUUUGAUAGAGACAUCUGGGAAUUUUUCGCAGUUUUGUGUACAGUGCAUGUGGACCGGAGGCUCGGCCGUCCGCCCGAUCUAGUGUCGUCCACGGAUUCAGGUCAGGGUUGGUGUUUUGUGGCCGACGGUUCAGACAUUCAACGCAACAUUCCACCUCUUGGCACUCAUCUUUUCUUGACAUUUUGAAAAGAAAAAAAGGAAAAGAAAAUCAAACAGACAAAAGAAUACUAAAAAAACGUUAAGAAGAAAAUUUAUAUUUAUUCAAGGUUGACUUGGAAAAAAAAAGGUUGCAAGUAUAUUUUAUUUUAUUAUUGUUAUAAAGAAAAUGUUAUAAAAACGGAUCCCAUUGGAUGGUGCUGUACGAAGUCUCUGAACUCGGGAGUGGACCGGACAAUGUUCAUUCUCGUUGUGUUGUUCAACGCAAAAGACACUGGUUGUCGAAUGAGGAGUGAGUCGCAGUUCGUGGAGAUGGGAAAAUUGCCACACAAUAUGAAUUUUUAAUUGUUUCUUGUUUUGAGAGAAUAAAAUUCAUUUACUAA